UCCUGAGUGCUGGGAUUAAAGGUGUGAGCCACCACCACCUAGAGUUUGUUGUUACUCUUCAUUUACAUUUGAGAGUAGUUGGAGAUCUUAAAACAGAGAUUUUUUCCACAGGAUUGUAUCUGCAUGGCUUGCAAUGACAUUUAUGGAAAAAAACAUGGAAUCUGCAUAAACCAUAGAUUAAAGGAGUCCACUAACAUAGCAGAUCCAAGGUCAGACUGCGCAGUGCUGCUCCAUCCAUCAGCAUCCACCAACAAGAGCCAAGUGCAGUGAAAUAUAUGCAGCAGCUGUAGGAAAAACCAUGGGCUGGCUGCGUAGGGGAGACGUCCAGUGAGGAACCGGAAGUCCUCGAACUUGGUGCUGGGUUAGAGUGGGACGUGUCUUAUGGAGGACUCAGCUCAUCUCCAUGUGUACCCAUGGUACCUUGAUGAUGACCAAGUGAUUCCAGCCCAGCCUCCUGUGCUCAGUUUCCAAGAAGGUAUCUGAGACUCGCCUGCCGCCUGAGAUGUCCUGCCUUGUUUCCCUCCCAAGCCAUGGAGCUGACCUUAGCUGUUUGCUCAUCUCGGGACCUGCGGCUCUAUUCUUCCAGGUGUUCAGACACCAUUCUCUUCUGACUCAAGAUGAUUUGAUGUCUGAAGUGAAUCUUCAUCAACCAUGAUGGCUACACAGACGUUAAGUAUAGACAGCUAUCAAGAUGGACAGCAAAUGCAGGUGGUAACCGAGUUAAAAACAGAGCAAGAUCCCAACUGCUCUGACCCAGAUGCAGAAGGAGUGAGUCCUCCUCCCAUGGAGUCUCAGACCCCAAUGGAUGCCGACAAGCAGGCAAUUUAUAGGCACCCGCUAUUUCCAUUACUAGCUUUGUUGUUUGAGAAAUGUGAGCAGUCCACACAGGGCUCAGAAGGCACAACCUCUGCCAGCUUCGAUGUGGACAUUGAGAACUUUGUCAGGAAGCAAGAGAAGGAUGGGAAGCCCUUCUUCUGUGAAGAUCCAGAAACUGACAACUUAAUGGUGAAAGCAAUCCAGGUUCUGCGCAUUCAUCUUCUUGAACUGGAAAAGGUUAAUGAACUCUGUAAAGAUUUUUGUAGUCGGUACAUUGCUUGUCUGAAGACAAAAAUGAACAGCGAGACCCUGUUGAGUGGGGAGCCUGGGAGCCCUUACUCCCCUGUGCAGUCCCAGCAGAUUCAAAGCGCCAUCACAGGCACUCUCAGCCCCCAGGGAAUCGUGGUGCCAGCAUCAGCCCUGCAACAGGGAAAUGUAACCAUGGCAACAGUGGCAGGUGGCACAGUAUACCAGCCUGUCACCGUCGUCACUCCACAAGGUCAAGUGGUCACACAGGCGUUGUCUCCUGGGACAAUUAGGAUCCAGAACUCCCAGCUUCAGCUGCAGUUGAAUCAAGAUCUCAGCAUCUUGCAUCAAGAAGAUGGCUCCUCCAAGAACAAGAGGGGUGUCCUGCCGAAACAUGCCACCAAUGUGAUGCGGUCCUGGCUCUUUCAGCACAUAGGGCAUCCCUACCCAACAGAGGAUGAAAAAAAGCAGAUUGCUGCUCAGACAAAUUUGACACUGCUUCAAGUUAACAACUGGUUCAUCAAUGCCCGAAGACGAAUUCUCCAGCCAAUGUUGGAUUCCAGCUGUUCAGAGACUCCAAAAACAAAGAAAAAGCCUGCUCAGAACAGGCCAGUUCAGAGGUUUUGGCCGGAUUCUCUUGCAUCAGGAGUGGCACAAGCGGCACCCAGUGAGCUCGCCAUGUCAGAAGGUGCCGUUGUGACCAUCACCACACCUGUAAACAUGAAUGUGGACAGCCUUCAGUCCCUGUCCUCAGAUGGGGCCACCUUGGCCGUACAGCAGGUCAUGAUGGCAGGGCAGAGUGAAGAUGAGUCGGUGGACAGCACAGAAGAUGACGGGGGUGCGCUGGCCCCCACACACAUCAGUGGGCUGGUGCUGGAGAACAGUGACUCCCUGCAGUAGGACCUGCGCCAGCAGGGCCAGCGCGGAGCUGGAGCACCUGACUCUUUAUUGUUUGCACAGCAAACAUUUUACACAGUUUUCUUUGUAAUAUGUUUUAUAUGUAGAUAUAGAAGAAUAGAAGAGUGCACUUUUGUAUUUCACAGCAAGCUUCAAGAUGUCUUCGCUGGUGCAGCGACUUCCUUCGGAUGUGCGUGUGUGGGUUUUUAAUGCUAGAAAAGUGAUGAGUGGCCCCUGCCCCUCCAUCCUGACAGGAUUAAGGAACAAUGCUGCCAUUUUUUACAAAAUGAUGCAGUUGCAGUUGAGUUCUGUGGUUUACAGCAGGCUGGGGGCUGCUGCUUAUGUCGCCCAUAGAUCUGAAGAUGACCUGCACAUGGGCUGCAGGGCAAGAAGACACUGGCCCUGGUGGGCUGCGAGUGCCCACAGCACACUUGAGUUCUCUUUGGGCAGCAUUUGCCUGUUUCAUUUGCUAUAUAGAAAAAGAAACUCCUAUUUUUACCUUGCUGGGAUUAUUGGAUAAAAAGCUAUUUUUAUAGAUCAAUUAUUAAUUGGAUUAUGACUAUAUUAGGAUAAAUUUCUAGAGAAGGAACAGCACAUGCUUGUCUUUGGAUUUGGAAUGUUCUGAAAGGCAGCCGCCCAUGGUGGUCUCCUGCUCCCUGGGCGGGGGUCUCACCAUAACUGCCCAAAGGAAGCAACCGUCAAGUGAACUUUUGACAUCUCCAGUUUGUGUUCAUAUGAUACUCAGACUACAGUUUACACUUGCUGUAGCGUCUCACAGAGUGUACUCAGUAGAAUGGACGGUAAGUGAGCUGCCGCCACGCAGUGCCCUUAGUGUCAUAGCUCUCUGCCAUUCCUAGUCCAGCCUAAGUCAAACCUGACUGCAGUUACAUGGCUGCCUUGCCAUGAUAACUGGGUGGUAAUUUUAGAUUUUUUUUUAGUUAAAACAUGUUAUACAUAGAAUGUUUAUUAUAAACUAAUAUAAAAUGUGCUCUUCCCCACUGGCUCAGAGCUGGGGAAACAUGAAACACCCAAACCGUCUUACACAAUGGGCAGACCUCUGGAGUUAGACCCGUGCAGGGAUUGUCCCAGUGGCCCCACUCUCUGCUCACAGAGUCUGCAAUGCUCUUGCUGUCACACACUCACAGUGCAGGUGCUGCUUCCCAUUUCCAGAGUCCUCCCCUUCCACGAUUUAGGACAGUUUGGGGACUUCAUUUCCUGGUGUCAAGACAGAGCAGGCUGUAGGCUGAGGUUUGGGGGUUUGCUUUUGGUUUACUUGGGAGGCCUUUUCUCCGAAAACUAGUUCCCUACUUCAUGUUGAGCAAGCGGCUGUAUUUUCACGGAAGGUACCUAGGCCAACCUGCUGUGCAGCUGUCAAGGGUGCCAUUCUUGGGAACCAAGGGUGGUAAUUGGUUAUGGCCAAGGUUACCUUAGAAGGACAUCUUUAGCUAAUUCACAUUUUUCUUCUGGACCGGUUCACACCCACCCCAACUGUUUUGAUUCCGUUUAGUCAUAGAGCUGAUACCUGGACAGCCAAAUAGUCACAAGAAAAAUAGGGUCUCCUUUCAAACCAUUGAAGGAGCCUGCACAACAAAACCAGAACAACAAAAUAAACAAAACCAAAAAUCUUGCCAGCAACUUUUCUGAGGAGAGAAUAAUGUGUCAAGCAGCCUUUCCAUUACUUACUCUCAAAUUACUUUAAUGUUUUAAGUCAUGUAUAUAAAAGCCUGAUAGACUGUCAGUAUUGGGUUUAAAGCAGAAAUGCAUCGCCCCUGUGAGCUCCUGCAGAGGUCUGCACUCUCUCUAAAGGAAGCCUAGUCCCUGCUGUCUGGCUUGCAUGCCAGCUGGUGGCUAGCUGGGAUUUGAACACCGUGAUCCAGUGUGUCCUUUCCAGUUGAAUCAGCUUUCUUAAGCCCUGAACUCUCAGCUGCUAAAUUCAGAGGGAUAACAUGAAGAUCUUGAGAAAACCUGGGUGUAGUGGCACACUCCUGGAAUCCCAAAUCUCAGAACUCGAGACAGGAGGUAAGCCUGGCCUACAUAACCUGACUCUAAAAACAGAUUGUAAAAGAGCUGGCACAGUGUCAUAGCCUGAGUUUCUGUCCACCUCCCAUGCAUACUGAGAUGCCUCUAAGUAACUCCCAUGAGGCAAGCUGUUCACAGAAUUGCCGCCCAGCACAUUUCUUGUCUGUCAGUUGCACGUUCAAGACACCUGCUUACUGGGCAUUGUGGCAUGUACCUGGAAUACAAGCACUUAGGAGGCCGAAGCAGGAGGAUUACUGCAAGGCUUAGAUUAGUCUGGUGCAUUUUGAAACCCUGUCUCAAGAGCCCAAGCAUAACUUCUGCUCUCCUUUCCUUGGCCUGUGGAGAAAAUCUGAAAGUCCAUCUCCUUUGGGCUUUGUUUAAAUGGUCAGAUUCCAGCUUCCAUUCCUAUUAAAGUCCUCCCUGACAUUGGAGCCUUUCGAAUGGGUUCUGAGUCAACCUGUGUCAUUCUGCUGUUUGGCUGCCUAGCAGAAAUCUAGACUGGCUGAGCACCCAUCUGGUGGCUUCAGUUUUCUCCCUUUUGAGUCCAGAUUGUCAAAUAGAAGUGUAUAUGCAAUAUGCACUGUGACCUUUCCGCCUAAGGCUGAUGGGACACUGUGUAGCCUGCUGAGUGGCCGGCGCACCUGUGCGGGCAUUCGGCAACAUGCUCCCCUCUGCAUAGCUCCCGCACACUGCAGGGAAUACCCACCCAUCCUGAGGACUUCUCCCGCAGGUGGCCACAGAACUCGGCAGUCUGCCUUCUUCAGUUAAGUUCGGUCUUUGAAACUGACAAUCUUUAAAAUGUGAAUACUGUAACGAUAUGUUUUCUCGGAUUGUUGUCUUUAAAAGGAUUUUUGUGAAACAAUUGAUUUAUCAGAGAAAAAAUUAAAAACAAAAACAUGC